AAAAACUGAAUGUUUGUAUUACUGAAAUGAUUAGUCUUGAUUGAUAAAUAAUAAAAAAAAAAUAAAAGUAUAUAAACAUUAAUAAUUUUGGACAAUUUUUGUUAAUGAAACUUUCUAAAGAAUAGUUGUAUCUUCAUAUUUUAUGGUAUGAAAAAAUUUUCAAUAAAAUGUUUAAAAAGAGGCAUCCAAAUAAGGCAAAGCUCGAACAUAAAUUAUACUUAGCCAGAGAAAAUCCCGAGCUUAUUUUUGAUAUAUCUGAUUGUGAUAUUCGGGAAGUUCCAAGUGGUAUUUAUUCCCUUUGUAGGGUAUUCCUAAAGGAAUCUUUGAAUCUAGAACAUAAUAUGUUAUCUUCCCUUAGCGGGGGAGGUAGUUUAAAAGACCUUCAUUUGUUGAAAGUAUUGAAUUUAAACCACAAUGUAUUUACCAAUCUACCAGAUGAAAUUGGUCUAUUGUCAAACUUACAAGAGCUUUCUAUAUCCAAUAAUCAUUUGAAAAAACUUUGUGAUGGUUUUUGUGCACUCAAAAUGCUGAGAGUAUUGGAUGUUUCUCACAAUCAAUUAAAAGCUCUUCCAAAAGAUUUAGGAAACCUCACAAAACUAAGGAGAUGCAAUUUAAGCUAUAAUAAAAUAAAAUAUUUACCGACAAGUAUACACAAAUGGAAAAACAUCCAGUGUAUUGAGUUAGAUGCAGAUGAAUACAUUUAUCCUCCGGCAAAUAUUACUAGUGAAGGAACAUACACAAUUUUACAGUAUAUAUGUGAUGAUGUUGGAGUUCCAUUUUGUCCUAAUGAAGAUGAAGUAGAUGCUGACAAGAAGGAACUAUUUCAAAUUGGAAACCAAAAUGAUUCACUACAACAACAAAAAAUGAGAGAAUACUUGGAAAUCGAAAGGCUGAAUGAACUAAUGAUGAGACAAGAAUUGGAAUACGCUAAUACAUCAAAAUUAAAUAGAGACAAACUACUGGAGGUUAUAGCAAAACAACAGAAUGUUUUCGAUAACGAAUUAUCUAAAAUACAUCAAGAAAAAGAGAUUGAAAGAUUUAGAUUGUUAGAACAACUUCAAGAAGUUGAGCAUAAUGCAGACAUAGCUAUUAAGGAAUUGCUAGCUUUAUCUAACGAACCAUUAGGACAAUUAUUGGAGCAGGAAAAACUCGAAGAAGAAAAAUUAUUAUCCGCUAUCAAUAGAUACAAUGAAACUUUGAGGAAAGAUGAUAUUUUAGCAGCCAUGCAAGAUAUAUUAGCUCAAGAAACAGUGAUGUUUCAAGAAUUACAUCAAAAUCGAUUAGAAUCGUCAAAAAGUAUUUUAGAACAGGAAACAAAAAUUGAUAAUAAAUUAUUAGAGGUAUUGCAAAAUCAAGAUGAUCAUAAAGCUGAACUCAUUUGUAAGCUAAUAAUCGAUAAUGAUUUACAAAAAGCUGCUGUGGGUACAUUGCUUGAAAGAGGAGAUGCCAGAAGUUGGGGACUACUGCAACAAAUAAGACUGGUUGAAGCACAACUUGCAGCUUUGACAAAAAUAGAAAUAGAUAGGAAGAAAUUGCAAAUUGAUGAGCACAUGAUUGACCUAUGCGAGAAGAGAUGCAAUUUGUCAGUAUUGUUGAUCGAUUUAUUAGAACAACAAAAAGAAAGAAGAUCACAACUGAUUUCCACUCUUCAAACUAUGGAAGAAAACAAUAAAGAAAGUGUAGAAGAUUUUUGGUUAAGACAAUAUCAAAGACUUUUAGAUAAACUACCAGAAGGACUGUCCCAUGCACAGAAGAAUAUAGAUCCACUUCUAGCACAAGCCCUUUUAUUGAAUGGUGUGAUCCACUGCCUUCCAUUUUUAGCUAAACUUACGCAGAGCAACUGUGAUACUCGAUACAUAACAGAUAACGACUUGUUAAAAGCUGGCGUUUUGUGUGGCAACGAGCGUAGACAAAUCCUGGAUGCUUUUAAUAUGUAUGAGAAAGAGAAAAAAUGCUUUAGUAGUUGUGAAGAAAUUUGUGCGUCAGCCCCUCCUCAAUCUAUUGAAGAAGCCAGCGCACCUCUCCCAGACAAUAUUAAAGCUAUCAGUGCUUCUGAAUGUGUCAUUUGUUUGGAUGUAGAGUGUCAAAUAAUAUUUGUGCCAUGUGGACACCUCUGCUGCUGUUGCAAUUGUUCAGUACCAGUUUCGGAAUGUCCUCUGUGUAGAGAAACUAUAGAAAGAAAGAUAACGCUAAUUUUGUAAAAUCUACUCGUAUCACUUAAAUAUAAUAUUUAUUGAAUUAUCUACCGAUUUUGUGUAAUUUAUUCAUAUAAGAACACAGAAAAGCACUUCAAGUGUUCGUUUGAAUUUCUGAUAUUGUAUUUAAAAAUAUGGAAAAUAUUUUUCUGACGUUUGAAUUGAUAAUGUUUUAAAUUUAAACCACAGCCAACUUUCUAAAUUUGGGGGUGAUUCCAACUUGAUAUUUAUACUGUUUAAUAUGAUAAUACGUGUAGAUUUUGUCAAAUUUUUAUACUAUUUACAAGGUAGUUCAAAAUUAUUAAUUUAUAGUGGCUAUGUUCAAAAAUGUAUGUAUACUUUUUCUAAAACUGAAUAAUAAAGGAGAUGAAAACCUUUAUAACCAAAUGAAUUGAAAACUAUGUUCUUUCAUUUUUCAUAUGCAGUUCAUAUAAUCACCGAAUACUAAGCAUUUCCACCAUUGACGGUGUGAGGUAUGUGUACUAUCAUUUCCCCAAGGUAUCCUUCUUUCUAUUCUUAUCUAUAUAUUAUCCAUUACUUUCUUUUUUCACCCGAUUCCUGAAUCCUGAAUUCUUUUUUCUGCCACUAUCUUAAAAUACUCAUUUCGUGUUUUUCUUGGUCUACCUUUUUGUUUCUUUUGUAAUAUUCUAGUUUUUUUGUUGAUAUGCAUGUGUCUUAGGUUCGACUCAACUUCAAUCAAACGCACAAGUUGAAUUCUAGACUCUUAUUUAUCUUUAUAAAUUACCCAAAAGUACCGCAAUCAAACGUAGAUGUUCAAAUUACUUAUUCUACAAAUAUAGUUCAUUCCACCUGAAAUCGUUGCCAAUCACCUUUCAUGAAAUAUUUACAUUUAAAUACUAAAUAUUUCAAGCGAUAGCAACAAUAAUUGGAAUUUUUACUUUAUUAUUUCAAAGUUCAGUAUCGCAUACCAUCACACUUUUUUGCUGUUAAUGCUUCUUAUACUUAUACUGCUUAUGCUAAGAAAUUCAUUAUCUUGAUGUCUUAUAAUCACUUUCAAAAUACUAACUCUCAAUUCAUCCAAUGAAAGGUUAUUCUUAUUUUUGAUUAUAUCACUUCUAGAAAUAAAUGUGUAAUUCUGGACAACCUUGUAUAAAGAAACUAUUGUUAUUCCUCUUGGAAAAAUUAUUCCAUUGAGAUAUUUUCAAACUGAAAAAAUUCACAAGUUAGAUAAAAUUUCUUUUAGAUGUAGAAGAAAUAAUGUAAUGAUUUUUUCCGUGCUCGCAAACUCGGAAAAAUUCAUUUUUGGACGUGUAAUGAACAAUAAUUUUCAUUAUACUUAUCUGAAAACAACGCAAAAAAGAAUAGCAUUUAAAUUUAAAACAUUUUAUUUAUAAUAUAUCGUAAUAGUAUCAAACAUUAUCGGCAUUGUUUUAUUUACUGUCAGUUUAAUUCAAGUUAGUUUUAAAAUAAUGUUUUCAGAAGAAAAUCCAGUUGUUCUUAAAAACAUAUUAGAGCUAACGGUACAAGACAGUGCUGAUUUGUUACCAGCAAAAUCCUGACCGAGAUAUGAACGAGUAUCGAUUUUUAUUGAAUAGCUAAAUCUCAAAAAAGCUAAAACUGUAACUGAUGAUAUUCUUCUAGUUUAUUUUGUUGGUAAAAGCCAAGAAAUCAUCCAUGUUAUGGAGUUGGUUUAUUAUUUACCUAUAAAAGAAAUUGCUGGCAACACAAAAUAUCCAAAAACUAUUUCUUUUUACCUGGGUACUAAUGGCAGAAGUAGUAACCACAUUUUCACGCGAAGCUUCAGAUAACUGCUGGCAAAAGUGAUAUUAGCUUUCGGGAUCUUUGGCAUAGAGAUGAUUUAAUACGUUUGAGUUUAAACCAGGGGUUGGAUCCGGCCCGUUGAAAAAUAGUUCUUGCAAUUGUUUUAAUCUCUUAAAAUUAUGUAAAUAUAAUAAAUUAUAUAUUAGAGUGAAAAUAAAUUGAAAAAGUGGACUAUUUAUUAUUACUAUUAUCUCUUAUUAACUAUCAAAUUUCUCCGCCCAAAUGCUUAAAAAUUAUACUUAUAAAUAUAUAUAAAAAAUUUCAUUUUUUCCCCCACUUAAAAGUAUUUGCCCACCCCUGGUUUAGACGAUGUGGAAGAUAAUGGGCGUUUUAUUGUUGUCCUUUUGCGAGAUGUAAAAAAUCAUAUAUCAAGAAGUUUUACCAUUACCAAUGAAAGUUGUACAUUCGAGUCAUGUACACUUUACCGUAAAUAUGCUAAUCUACGGUCAAAAAAAUAUGAUCACCAAAAGAUUAUUCGUUGCAUACCGAAAUCAUAUGUGUUACGUCCAACAUAUUGGAUGCCAUACCAUCAGCGCUGUCCCUAAACUUGUUGCAAAAUAUCUGAAAUAUGCUAAGGCGUUCUUCGGCAACCAUGUUGGUGGAAAGCGGCGCUGAUUUGCUCACUCAGAAAAGACCCGGAAGAUGGCCUUCUUCCAAAGUAGUAGAUGGUUUCAUAGAAGAAUCCACAAAAAGAAAAAUUGAAGUAUAACAAAAAUUGUUCAACCCUUCUCACUUGCAAAAUUAAAACAAUUGCGAACCGUGUACUUUUAUAGAGAGAGGAAUAUUUUGGUGAGAUAAGAAAAAUUUUUUAUAGAGAAAGAUUUAUUGGAGUUGGCUUUGAUAUAGGAGUUGCUCCUCUGCAGUGCUGGGGUUGUGGUGAUUGGUUUAUAAUUGUGUU